GACAGACGGACCAGGGGCGUGUGGCUGACCGCCCCCGUGCCCGCAGGCCGAGGAUGCAGCGCUGGAAGGCGGCGGCCUUGGCCUCGGUGCUUUGCAGCUCUGUGCUCUCCGUCUGGAUGUGUCGAGAUGGCCUUUUCCUCAGCCACCGCCUGGGACCCGCCCUGACCCCGCUGCGCCGCCCACCUCGCACCCUGGACGUCCGAAUCGCCCGCCUGGCCCAGUACCGAGCACUGCUGCAAGGCGCCCCUGACGCUGUGGAGCUGCGCGACCUGACACCCUGGGCCGGACGGCCCCCAAGUCCGCGCCGUCGGGCGGGGCCUCGGCGGCGACGCGCGCGUGCACGCUCGAGCACGCGGCCGUGCGGGCUGCGCGAGCUCGAGGUGCGCGUGAGCGAGCUGGGCCUGGGCUACACGUCGGACGAGACCGUGCUGUUCCGCUACUGCGCAGGCGCUUGCGAGGCGGCCGCGCGCUUCUACGACCUGGGGCUGCGGCGCCUGCGCCAGCAGAGGCGCGUGCGGCGGGAGCGAGUGCGCGCUCAGCCUUGCUGCCGUCCGACAGCCUACGAGGACGAAGUGUCCUUUUUGGACGCGCACAGCCGCUACCACACGGUGCACGAGCUGUCGGCGCGCGAGUGCGCCUGCGUGUGACCCUACCUCACCGGGCCCGGCGAGACGGCC